GAGGUGUGGGAGAUCCCUGGAGAUGGAAUCAAAGAAACCCAUUUUCGAUGUGGAAACGUUUGAUGAUGAUUUUGUUCAGAAACUGGUUUAUGAUGCUCUCGUUUGGUCUUCUCUUCACGGACUCGUCGUCGGUGACAAAACUUACCAGAAAUCAGGAAAUGUUCCAGGGGUUGGAUUGAUGCACGCACCGAUUGCAUUGCUACCAACUGCAUUCCCUGAAAUUUGUUGGAAGCAAGCUUGUGAUGUUACUCCUAUUUUCAAUGAAUUGAUUGAUCGUGUUAGCUUGGAUGGGAAGUUCUUACAGGAUAGUCUCUCUAGAACGAAAAAAGCUGACGUCUUUACAUCUAGACUUCUCGACAUUCACUCCAAGAUGCUUGAAAGAAACAAGAAAGAGGAUAUUCGUCUUGGUUUACACCGGUUUGAUUAUAUGCUUGACGAAGAAACAAAUUCACUUCUUCAGAUUGAGAUGAACACUAUCUCGUGUUCGUUUCCAGGCCUUAGUCGUCUUGUUAGCCAGCUACACCAGUCAUUGCUUCGAUCUUAUGGGGAUCAGAUUGGCAUAGACUCUGAACGUGUACCUAGAAAUACAUCUACAAUCCAAUUUGCUGAUGCAAUAGCUAAAGCUUGGUUGGAGUACAAUAACCCAAGAGCGGUUGUCAUGAACACGCACAAUAUAGUAGCCAUCAGGAAGACUCUAGCAGAAGUCGAAGCUGAAGGGAGUGUACAAGAGGAUGGAACCCUUAUUGUUGGCGGCCAAGCGGUCGCGGUGGUUUAUUUCAGAUCUGGCUAUACUCCCAAUGAUCAUCCGACUGAAUCAGAAUGGAAUGCUAGGCUGCUUAUUGAGGAGUCUUCAGCGGUCAAAUGCCCGAGUAUAGCUUACCAUUUAACUGGCAGCAAGAAAAUCCAGCAAGAACUGGCAAAACCAGGUGUUCUCGAGAGGUUUCUGGACAACAAAGAGGACAUUGCUAAGAUGAGGAAAUGCUUUGCGGGGCUUUGGAGCUUGGAUGACCCAGAAAUCGUCAAGCAGGCAAUCGAAAAACCCGGAUUGUUCGUUAUGAAGCCUCAGAGAGAAGGCGGAGGAAACAACAUCUAUGGAGAUGAUGUGAGGGAAAAUCUUUUGAGACUGCAGAAAGAAGGAGAGGACGGAAACGCUGCGUAUAUCCUGAUGCAGAGGAUAUUCCCAAAGGUCUCAAACAUGUUCUUGGUGCGAGAAGGCGUUUACCAUAAAAAUCAAGUUAUAUCAGAACUAGGUGUCUAUGGUGCUUACCUCAGGAACAAAGACAACGUUAUAGUUAACGAGCAGAGUGGUUAUCUAAUGCGCACGAAGAUCGCAUCAUCAGAUGAAGGCGGCGUUGCAGCUGGUUUUGGAGUAUUGGACAGCAUUUAUCUGAAUUGAGAUGGAUCACAUUCACAACCAUCCUGAUCAAUAUUUCUGCUGGUUUGUUCCUUGUUCUUCUUCUUGCUGGUUAAAGAUUUGUGUAUUAAUUCAUGAAGAUCAAUAAGACUAGGCAAAGCUCUUACAAUUCUUUCCAUAGGACCGCAAAGCAUACAUUGCUUAUUGUUAUUUUAGACCGUGUGAGACGAUCACUCGUUUAAGAUCAUGAAUGGAAUAAGAGAUCAAUCAUGGA